AUGGAAAGAUAGCAAGAUGUAGAUUCUCUAAAAUUACCUUUGCUUCAUCCUUUAUUGGAUGAAUAAGAUGUAUAAGAUGAAGCAGGCUAUUAAUAACUACAAAUGCAAUAAAAUGAGGAAUAAUUAUUUCGCAUUUUAAAUAAUAUUUAAGAUAAUCAAAAUAGAAUUUAAAAACUUGGUAUCUACUAGCAAUAGAAUGAUAAUUAAGAAAGAAAUUUUGAUGAAUCUUACUAUUAAGAUUAAAAAGAUUUUGCUUAAAAGAGGUUAUUCAUCAGAGAUAGCUUAGAUUUGUAUGAAAAGUAAUAAACUAAAACUAUCACACUUGAAGCCAAUUUAUAAGAAUAAGCAAUAGAAAUAAACAAAAGCUAAAUCGAACUUAUAUUCAGUUUGGUCGAGUUUGGAUACCGUUUAGAAGAGGCUGUCAUAAUUACUGAUAGCAGUAAAGCUGCUGCUUUAUAGGAUGUGUUUGAAUUUUUAGAUCAAAAUCCUGAUAUUAAACUGCAUGCCUUCUAAGAAGAUAAUCAUUUUAAACCAUUCUAAUCGUUUGGAGUUUCAUAAAAGAUUGAACUAUGCAAAGAAUGCAACUAAUUAUAAAAUGAACAUUAAUAUAUUCUCACCUCUUAAGUCAAUGAAAAUGAUAAAUAAAUUGAUAGCUUUUCUACUUAUUUUCGUCUUUCUGAUGAAAAUAAAAUUUUAGAAUCAACAUAACAAAUUAACUUUAUACGAGAAAAUAGCUAAGGGAUUACAUAAUUUAUAAAUGUUGAUAUAGAAGAUUAUUAAAAUGCAAGAAGACUUAGAAAACUUUAACCUAAAACAGAUAAACAAUGUUAAAUAUGCUAUGAAGAUAUGGAAUUAAAGGAUAUAAUUUAUUUUGAAGGGCAGUAUCAUGAUAUUUGUUAAUCAUGCUUUUAAAUAUUUUUAAAAGAAAGUAUUAAAGAAGGAAAAGUUUUAAAUCUUUCUUGCCCUCACUGUAGCGAAAAAUUAACAUACAAGUUUAUAUAAAAAAUUCUUGAUAGGUCUACUUUUACAAAAUAUAGAUAAUUUCUACUUGAUUAACUACUAUAGCUAGACCCAUUAAUGAGGUGGUGUCCAAAUGUUAAGUGUGGUUAAUCAAUCAAAUUAAAUAAAGGAUACAAAAGAAAAGAGUAAUGCACUUAGUGUCAAUCUCUUAUAUGCACUGAAUGCAAUCGAGAAUAUCAUAAAGGUUCAUGCAAUUCAGUUUUUCGAAAAGAAAUCAAAAAAUGGGAAGAUAGCUCUGAUGUCUAAAGGUGCGAAAUUUGCAAAACAGUUGUUGCUAAAAUAUCUGGAUGCAAUCACAUGACAUGUAAAGUUUGUGGAUAUGAAUGGUGUUGGCUUUGUGGUAAUCGAUAUGAUAGAAUUCAUUUUUUCUCUUUGAACCCUUUUGGAUGUGCUUCUCUACAAUUUAGAUCCUUGGUAGGAUGGAAGCUAGCACUUUAUAAACUAUUGAUACUACUGUUAUGUAUUCUAAUUUUUCCUUUUUUAAUGAUCUUAACUGUCCCUAUUUACUUUGUUAAUCUUUGUCACAGAUAAUUAUACUACUAAAAAACAUGUGUUAAAAUUAUAAUUUACCCAUUAAUUUUCAUUGCAGGUUUAAUUGUCUAACCUAUAGCAGAUGCAUUAUUUUUUAUUUGUCUAAUACCAGGUUUAAUUAUCUAUUUUUAUCAAAGAAGAAAGGAAAAGAAAUAAUAAAUAGACAAAUCUAAAUAAAAGUUAAUGAAAAAUUAGAUUAUCAAAAAUUUAGGAAUUUAAAUUGAGGAUUUAGCUUGA